AUGGCGUGUCUACUAAAAAUAAAGCGAAGUGGGUACCUGGCUCGUUUUCCACGCUCCAUAAGUCGCCGUAGCUCUACCCUCGCGUAUUCAGACGAAAUACAAAGUGCUAAAAAAGAUAACAAGCCGAUUGUCGCUUUAGAAUCCACUAUUAUUACACAUGGAAUGCCUUACCCUAAGAACUUGGAGACGGCCUUGGAAGUUGAAAAUAUUAUUCGGGAGCAAGGAGCCGUGCCGGCGACAGUUGCAAUUCUCAAAGGGCAGAUAACUGUGGGUCUGACGAAAACUCAACUGGAAUACUUAGCGAGAGCGAAGGACGUCGUCAAGGCCUCGCGGAGGGAUCUGGCGACAGUUGUCGCAGAUAAACGAGAUGGCGCCACCACCGUUGCGGGGACUAUAAUUACCGCUGAGCUGGCAGACAUUCCCGUCUUUGUCACGGGCGGAAUAGGAGGUGUCCACAGGGAAGGCGAAAAAACCAUGGAUGUGUCAGCAGAUCUCACAGAGCUUGGACGCAGUAGAACCCUCGUCGUUUGCAGCGGGGUCAAAUCUAUUCUAGAUAUUAGACGAACUUUGGAAUUCUUGGAGACACAAGGCGUAACUGUGUGUGCGUUUGGCGACUCGAAACAAUUUCCAGCGUUUUAUACCAGACGGUCUGGAUACGAGGCUCCAUACAACGUAGUUGAUGCAGAACACGCCGCGCUCGUGCUUAGCUCGGCACGUGCUUUACAACUCUCGUCUGGCAUCGUUAUCGCUGUCCCUGUGCCAAAAAAAUACGCAAUGGAUGAGAAAGUUAUAGACACAGCAAUAUCAAACGCUUUACUGGAAGCUGAAGAGAAAGGAGUGCAAGGAAAGGAGAUAACGCCCUUUCUUCUAGCAGCAGUUUCUAAGGCAACAGGCGGUGCAUCUCUUAACACUAAUAUUGCUCUAAUAAAGAACAACGCGAAAGUAGGCGCCGAUAUUGCAGUUCAAUAUCAGAAACGGAUUUACGAAUUGGGAAAUUCGUCUAACUUCACCGUUUCAAGGAGAUUUCAUACGUCAACUCGUUUGAGCUCCACCAGAGAAGAGUCUAAAGAUGGCGACGUUUUGGUUAUCGGCGGCGCAAACGUCGACAGAACGUAUAGAAUUACCGAGGAAAAUGUGCAACUGCCACAAAGAAAGAAUGUCUUCUAA